CUCCUGCACGCUGCUUCCCCCAGACCACGUCAUCCUUCCAGUCCCGCCCUGCCCCCACUUGCCCAAGCCCAUCGCAGCCAGCCCUUCCCAACACCCAACGCCGAUCCCCAAAUCACCCCGUGAACUUGCAUUGAGACGCGAUGCCUGACGCUGACUCUACCCGCAAGCGCUCUCGUUCCCCGGACGACGCCGAGGACCAGAAGCUGCACAAGCGCGCCAAUACGGGCGUACCACCAACGUCCACGAACGAUGAUUCGGGUACGAUGAUCACUCUCUCGUAGCGACGUGCCAAUGAACGAUGCCGGCUCUCUUUCCUCUUGCCCCUCGAUCGCCUGCGACUGCAGCUGUGAAAACCGAGCCCGAUUCGAAUGACGCCGACGCGAAUGCGACCGUCUCGGCAGGACCCUCUACCGGCGGCUCAAGCUCGGGCAGCGCCGCCCCGCCGCCUUCGGGGACCAUCCACAUGCGAUGCCUUAUUGUCACUCAGGACGCGUCCAUCAUCAUUGGCAAGGGCGGCGCGCACGUCAAUGAAAUCCGCCAGAAAAGCGGUGCUCGCGUCGUGGUGUCUGAGAGUAUCCCCGGAAACCCCGAGCGGAUCCUCAACGUAAGCGGCCCACUAGAUGCCGUGUCGAAGGCCUUUGGUCUCAUCGUGCGGAGGAUCAAUGACGAGCCCUUCGACUCGGCGUCCGUGCCGGGCAGUCGCGCGGUCACUAUCAAGUUCAUGAUUCCGAACUCGCGCAUGGGCUCGGUCAUUGGCAAGGGCGGAUCUAAGAUCAAGGAGAUUCAAGAAGCCAGUGGAGCGAGGCUGAAUGCUAGCGAGGGUAUGCUGCCCGGCUCAACAGAGCGUGUUCUGAGCGUGUCAGGUGUCGCGGACGCGAUCCAUAUUGCGACUUACUACAUCGGCAACAUCCUCAUCGAAGCCAACGAGCGACAACCGCACGCCGCCAAUUCCUCGUACCGCCCGUCGUCCUACUCCCGACGCCCGCCAUACCCGGCUACCGGCGGCUCCUCGUACGUCCCCGGGUACACCAACCCGUACCCGCCCCCGACAGCAGCUGCACUAGCGCACGGGCAGCUGCAGACGCAGCAGAUCUACAUUCCGAACGACCUGGUGGGGUGUAUCAUCGGCAAGGGCGGGGCCAAGAUCAACGAGAUACGGCACAUGAGCGCCAGCCAGAUCAAGAUCAUGGAGCCCGGCGCGACGGGCCAAGCAGGCGCGGAUGGAGCGCCCGCUGGGUCAGAGAAUGAGCGGCUGGUGGUCAUCACGGGCGCCCCGGCCAACAUCCAAAUGGCGGUCCAGCUGCUGUAUUCGAGGCUUGAGCAGGAGAAACAGAAGCAGCUGCGGGCUCAACAGCAGCCGGCGAUGUGACAGUGAGGAAGUCAUUGUCGAAGAAGUUGAAAAAGGCAGUUGGACCCUGUCCCCCUAUCACCGACGGUCAUUCUUGUCACAGUUUUGCGUGUGUUCUUGCUGCUCCGGGGCUGUUUCGUCGUUUUCUCGCCGAGCAGCAAAUCUUUUGUGCUAUCGUCGAACCCCAGUGUGAACUGUAGGCUGGCUCACUUGGCGAGUCAUAGUCGUAUGUAUUGAGUCCGCUUCGACUGCGUGAUAAAUGAUAUGGC